CAGUUGAAGAGUCAGUCUUGCACCGGUUGGAGCAUAACGUGAUUUUAACACAAAAACGUGAAUGUAUCGAUGAAAAAACCUUUGUCUCAUAGGUAACACGGACAUGUCUUAGAGGAUUUUUUUCAAGCGACGAAUCGUGUAUUGGUGCUAUCUGUGAUAAAUUCGACGAGAUGUUUUCCGUAUUAGGUCGAGUGGAUUCAGAUCUGGAAUAAGUGUCGGUCGGUUAACGAUGUGUAUAUGUAUAUAAUGAGUUGUUCUGAAGUUAUGUACCAAGCGUAUUAUCCGUAUUUGUAUCAAAGGGCUGGAGCUGCUCCGCCAGUAUCGGCGCAUCCUGUUCCAAGGACAGGACCUUUUACAUCUCCUUUUGGAGCUGCCCAUCAAUAUGACAGGUUUAACGUUCAACGCCUGCAGGACGCCCACUCUUUGUCUCAGGCGGCGGCCGCAGCGGCCAGUUCGAGCAACGGCAGCGCCACGACGCUCGGUGGCGGUCUCGCCCUCCCCGGUAGUCUCGACAGUAGCGCCGGACACGCGGGAGUUUCGGCCGGCGGAUCACAUCCCCUUUACUUGCAGGGAUCUGCACAUAGUUCGGGAGGCUCGGUCAGUUCGACGGGAGGAGGCUCGCCAACGAGUCCACUCAGGCCCGGAAAAGAGGAGGAUUGUAGUCUGCACGGGAGGAGUAGUACGGAAGAUCCACAACCAGGUGUGGAUGACGAUGACUCUCAAGAGGCGGGUAGUUCGAGGGCUCAAUAUGUCUCUGCAAAUUGCGUGGUGUUUACCCAUUACCAGGGUGAUGCAGCCUCCGUAGUAGACGAACAUUUUUCUAGGGCCUUAGAUAAGACUUCAACACAUACCAAGGAAUCCUCCCCAAUGUCUGCCCGCAACUUUCCUCCUUCCUUCUGGAACAGCCAGCACUACGGCGGGGCUUCCAGUAGUUCCCACCAUGCAACAGAUCUCUAUUCAGAUCAUUACCAUCCGGGCGAUGCCUGGUACCAGUACAGUCAACACCACAGGGCAGUACACGAUUACCAUCACCACAACAUGGCAGCGCAAUACGGCGGAUUGCUACUUCCUGGAUCAAGACUGCACAUGGGAUCACAUGCCCCAUGUAAAGCGAUGGACUGGCAACAUCCUUCCAUCGAAUCACCGUACUCUUCCUAUCCCACAAUGUCUGGUCUUGAAGCCCAAGUCCAAGACUCCUCAAAGGAUCUCUACUGGUUCUGAACCGCGUAAAACUUUGUAUAGUUUUUGUUAUUUAAAAAAAAGAAAAGAUAAAAGUGAGACGUGAUUAUUAAGUGGAAUGUAUAAUAGUACAAACUGAUUUAUUUAAAUUUUAAGUUAUCUAGAGUGAUGAAGAAAGGACUUCAUUAAAAAACGAAAGACGUUUAUUUAAAAAAUAAAUGUUCCUUUUCAGAAAAAAGAGGUUUCUGAUUCGUGGCAUAUUGCAGAGUUUAUAACAAUGAAGGUAACAAAAAGAUAGAAAACACUAUUAGUUAAAUUCUUUUUGUUUUGAAAUUUUAAAAUAAGUAAAUUAAAUAAACUAUAUUAUUUUUUUUUAUUAGAUAAUCUAUGCCAAAACACGAUACACAUCCAGAUGAAAUUUAUUUUGUCUUUCUUAGGCUAUUGAUUACAGUCGGAAAAAUGAAAGAAUACCCAUGAACGAUCACAUCAAUCAUUUAUUUUGUAUUUUCUGUCUUUUUCUAUAAAUAACAAACGUUUGUUAUAGAAAAAGACAGCAAAUACAAAAUAAGUGAUUGAUGUGAUCGUUCAUGAGUAUUUUUUCAUUUUUCCGACUGUUUGUAUUUUAGAAAGGAACUACAACGUUAACAGGGUUUUAUUGUUUCAUAUAGUCAAUGGACCUCUAUAUUUAAAAAAACCACAGAGUGCUACCAUUUAAAUUGGUGCGUUUUUGAGAAAGGGGUGAAUUAGUCCCUAGGCACAAGGCGAAUUAGGGUUAGUUCUAUGCACAUUUAGUGCAAACACGUCUAUAGGAAAAUUAUUCCAGGUUAAAUUUACUAUAGAAAUAUCACAUUUUAAAGUCAAAAACAUGUUUUUUUACAAAAAUAUAUCCAAAAGAAAAACAAGAAAAAAACAUGAAAGAUAGCAAUUUUGUUUUAUGCCCCAUAACUUUCUUCCACGUGAAUAUAGGUAUAGGCAUAGCUUCACAGAAAAAAACUUCCAUCCUUUCUAUUUAAAAUGGCGUUUGGUAGAAGACCCUGUGAUUUACAAUUUCUAAAAUAUGAUUUUUCAACUUUCGCCACUCACAGCGAUUUUGGGAUAUUUUCCGUGUUACUUCGCAAACAUUGUUCUGUAACGUUUUUCUACGCAUUUCAAAGUAUACGCAAUGGUGCAUUUAGUAAAAAGAGAAGUCAAUUACCUUUAAAAUGUUCUAUCGUAGAAGGCCGUAUGGCUAUAUUUAAGCAAGAUAUGGUUUUUCAAAAUUUUAUACGUUUAAUGAUUUUUGAUAUAUUUUACCACUAUUUUUAAAUUUCUCACUAUAACUUUUUUUAUUGUAUAUUUGGGUAUAUGUAUUGUGUAAUAAAAAUGAAAGCUCAUUUUCUGUACUUUAAAAUGGUGGACUGUAAAAAUUCUUGGACUAUUUUUAAACAAGAUAUGCUUUUUCAUGCAAUAUACACAUGCAAUAGUUGGAACCAUAUAGAAAACUUUUUUAGUAUUAAUUUUACGAAAAAAAGUUAUUCUUUAUAAAAUGCUCUGCCUAGCCUGAAACCUAAAAUGCGAUCACCAGAUAUAAAAUUUUAUUAAUAGUGUACGAGGUAUGUUAAAAAAUAUGAAUUUGCUCAGGAGUAAAGUACCUUUAUAUUUCACAAUAUCGAAAAUUGUUAUUAAGAAAAUUAUUUGGAAUUAAAAAUUAUAUUAUAAUAUGCAAUUAUAUUCUUCUAAUUGAAAAAAAAAAUUAAUUUUUUUCAAAUUACGAAUACUCUUGGAUAUCCUACGGAUACCUUGUUUAAAAAUGGUCCUAGAUUUUUUUGGAAUACACCAUUUUAAAGUAAAGAAAAUAUGCUGUUUUCUGUUAUACAAUGUAUAUCCCUAAAUGUACAAGAAAAAAAGUCAUAACCAGAAAUUAAAAAAAAAUAAUCAGAAAAAAUAUCAAAAAUCAUUAAAAGUAUGAAACCUUGAAAAAGCAAAACUUGCUUCAAAAUAGUCAAGCAACCUUAUACAAUAGACCAUUUUAAAUGUAAUUGACUCCUCUUUCUAAUAAAUGUACCAUUGCAUAUGCAUGUACCAUUGCAUAUACCUAGAAAUGUGCAAAAAAAAAGUUACAGAACAAUGUUUGCGAAAUAAUGGGGAAAUGGUCCAAAAAUGCUGUGAGCGGCGCAUUUUGAAAAAUCCUAUUUCGGAAAAUAUAAAUCCUAGAGACUUCUACUAAACGUCAUUUUAAAGAGAAAGAAUGUAAGUUAAUUUCUGUUGAAGCAAUAUCUGUACCUAUAUCGCCGUGGAAAAAAGUUAUGUAGCAAAAAACAAAAUUGCUUUUUUCGUGUUGUUUUUUUGCUUUUCUUUUGAAUAUAUUUUUGUAAAUAAAAAUAUUUUUGACUAAAAUGUAAUAUUUCGAUAGUAAAUUUAACCUGGAACAAUUUUCCUGUAGACGUCUUUGUACCAAAGACGUCUACAAAUUCACCCAUUUCUCAAAAAUGCAUCCAUUUAAAUGGUAGCACUCCGCGGUUUUUUCAAAUUUAGAGGUCCAUUGACUAUAUGAGACAAUAAAAUCCCGUUAACGUUGUAGUUCCUUUUAUCUCUCUUAUUUUGAACAUAAUCAAUAUCCUAUCUGUCAAACAAAUAAUUAUGGAACUCGGUUGGUUUUCAAUAUUAUACCUACUUACAACAAAAUCCAUAAUAUCCAAUCAUGUUAGCAACAUUUCAGAGAGGGGACACAUCAAUAUCAACGAGAAAUAUAACCUAUCCUACCUAGACUGUGAAAUAACAAAUCAUCUUCUUCAUGUACCAUGUCCUUUCAGAAGGUUAGUUACCAUCAUAGCUAUCUUAAUUUUAUUAACUGCCACCCUGAAUAGCAUGCUUGUAUCAACCCCAUACCAAUCUCGCAAAUUCUUCAACCAUUAGGUUCUUCUUCAUCAUGGACUGCCUUUGCCUGCUAUUUUCCCUUGCUUAAUGUUUUGUAGCAACCUAUAUUUUGGACCUCCAUUACAUGUCCGAAAUACUCCAGCUUUCUCUUCUGGAUGCUUUUUAUAAUCUCAGUAGUCUUGCUGAGACGUUUUAGUACUGUGGAGCUUCGAAUCUUCUCCACCCAAGAAACUUCGAAAGUCUCAAGACGAUUUAGAUCGAUUUUUUUCACAGUCCGUCACUCGACACCAUAAAGUAAGACCGAGGACACGUAGCAGCGAGGUAGGUAGAUCCUCAAUGUCAGUUUUAGGUCUCUGUUACAUAAUACCUUGAACAUCCUUCUAAAAGCGGCUCUGGACUGUUUUAUUCUAGAUAGUAGAUCUAAUUUCGCCGUGAGUCUCUAAGUUACAAUUUAAUUGAUAGCCAAGGUAAUAAAAUAUAAACAGUUUGAUCAAAUUGAUAAAAAAAUAACAAAUAGAGUAAAUAAAUCAAACAAGUUAUACUUGGCGUUAGCUCCAAUACUGGGAAAAAGAAAACUCACACGAGAGACAAGGAUAAAAAUGUAAACACAAUCGUAAUACCGCUUGUCUUAUAUACGCACAAUUUUCACUGCAAGUCAGGAAAAGCAUAAGAACAGGAUAAAUAGGUAUCAUGGAGAUGAGACACUUAAGGAUAGUUGGAAACACAAAAUGGGAUAGAUUAAAAAAUGAGACUAUUAGGAGAAUGGCCAACCAAGAACCAAUAAUGAAUAAAAUAGCAAAAAGACAAAUGAACUGGUAUGGGCAUCUGAUGAUGAGGACUCAACCCAACAGAAUGAAUAUAAAAGUCCACGAAGCAAAAAACAUCGUAAAAAGAGAAAAAAAUGGAUAUCAGAAAGUAUGCAUAUUAAAAAUUAAAUAAAAAUCACACAAGGAAUUGAAAGUAAUGGCAGGAAAUAGAAAAGAAUGGAAGAGAUGGGUGAGAGGAAAUUAAAAUAACUAGCCCAAAUCCGACACCCUGAUGGAGUAAAAGGAAGAGGAGAAAGAAAGAAAGACAUCAAAAUUUUCAUCUUGGUGACUCCCCAAAAGCACAAUGAUUUCAUUGAGCUCAUUAAUAGAACCUCCCGUAAGCAAACCCAGAGAAUGCAUGGUCUGAAGGAUGAGGCACAAUACUCCGAAUGGUACAAAAAACAUUUUAUAGUAAAAUCACUCUGGAAAUAGGUGAGAUAUUCCACCAGAUACUCGGAGCUUCAAAAUAAGAGGAUGAAAGGAGACGUGAAAUGAUGAAAGGAGAUGAAAGUAAAAGGGAUGUGACGCAUAUGCUGCGUAAGUAAGCAGAUCUAAGGUGUGAUCUUAAUGAUAGGAUAGUACUGGUGACUACACAAGAGUAAAACAAUCACGAGCAAUAACAUUACAUCAGAUAAAAAACCAACUAGUACUCGUGAAUGGUAAACCAAAUCACCAAUUUGAAGCACCAAAAAUUAAAUGAGCACCCCAGAAUAAAAACAACACUCGGGAAAUUCGUUCAUUGUCAAAGAACUAAAAAAAUACAUGUAUGCUGUGAAAAAUGGAAUCUUAUCUGGAGUGAUCUAACAGAACACAUCAUAAAGUAAUGAAAAACAGAGAAUGACCAAGAGUGACCUAUGACAACAAAUAAAUUACUGAGUUAUGGAUUCGACCGUUACUUGAAGGAAAUUGAUUCUAUCUAACAAUAAAAUUCCCAGACCUUACACCACUUGUUUUUUUCCUAUGGGGUUACUUUAAAUCAAAUCAAAAGUAGAAUUAGAUUCAAGAAGAUUGUCGUCGUUGAUUCAAUGACUACUGACUACCUAGAGUCAGGCAAGCCUACCAAGGCAGGCGGUAAGUUGAACAUUUCAUUUAAGCGAAAAGCAAUUUGUUUGUCACAUACAUGUCUUAGCUCCAUAAUAUGUCGUUGUGACUUGUGAUUAAAUGUACUGUACAUCUUCACUUCAAAGUAUCUAUGCCAUUUGUUACAUCUUGACUCCUAUCUUAUUGCGAAGUAACGUGCUUGAUUUCCUGUCACUCAGAUGACUCAGGGCUACCAGGUUUCGUAAUUAUUGUACAUAUGUCACAGUAAAAAUAAACUUACGUGCAUAGAAAUCGGCCCACUUAAAAAUUUGGUCAUUUUUGAUGUUUCGUAUUUCCUAAACCUGUUGGCCGAUUUAAGUGAUUUUUUAAAUAUGUUAUAGCCUGACUCUUUAACAAUAUUGCUGUAAUAAUACUGUUGCUAAACAGGUAAGUUUUCAUUAUAUACCGGGUGUAGAAUCAAACUGUGCUAUUUCUUAAUAUUCGCAACACCCUGUGGAAUAUUCUAGCAUUUAUAAAAUACUGAAAUUAAAACCCAACUAUAGCCUCAGGUUUUCUUAACAUUCGGUUUUUUAAUUCAUUCAUUUAUGUUGGAUAAUAAAAAAGUUAGGUAGGUACUUUAAAAACUAUGUAGACAUGUUCUUCAUCAAUACACGGUGUUUCUAAAUAAGUGGGACAAACUUUACAGGGUAAUUAUUCUACAUGAAAAAAUAAUGACAGUUUGCUUUAUAAACGUAUGUUUGCAAAUGUUUCGUUUCCGAGAUACGAGAUGUUGAAUUUUUUCUUACAAACUAUCGAUUUAUUUAUUGUUCUAAAACCAGUUGAGAUAUGCAAAUGAAAAAGAGAUAAUUAUUGCCGAUUUUUUGACAUAAAAUUAAGCGUUUAAUAUUUACUAUUGGCAUGCAUACGGGUAAUAUGAGCGAUCAUAUUACCCGUAUGCACGCUAAUGGUCAAUAUAAAAAUCUUAAUUGUAUGUCAAAAAAUGUGCAAUAACUACGUCUUAAAACCCACUAAAUUUCAUUUGCAUGUCUCAACCGGUUUUAAAGCAAUAAAUAAAUCGUCAGUUUGUAAGAAAAAAUUCAACACCCCGUAUCUCGAAAACGAAGCGUUCGCAGAUAUAUGUUUAUAAACAAAAGGUCCCUAUUUUUCAUGCAGAAUUACCCCAUAAAGUUUGCCAUAUUUAUUAAAAAAACACCUUGUAUUGCCGAAAAACAAGGUUAGUUGUUAAAGUACCUAACUUUUUUAUUAUCCAACAUAAGGGAAUGAAUCAAAAAACAGAAUGUUAUGAAAAAUGAGGCUAUAGUUGGGUUUUAAUUUCAGUAUUGUAUAAAUGCUAAAAUAUUCCACAGGGUAUUGCGAACUUUGAGAAAAAAACAAAGUUUGAUUUGUACUCCCGGUAUACAAUAAAAAUUUACCUAUUUAGCAACAAUAUUAUUACAGCGAUAUUGUUAAAGAAUCAGGCUAUAACAAAAAAAAAUCACUUAAAUCGGCCAACAGGUUUAGGAAAUACGAGUCAUCAAAAAUGACAAAAGUUUUAAGUGGGCCGAUUUCUAUGCAUGUAAGUUUAUAUCAUUGUAUUAAUGAUUAAUGAUUUCAACUUGUUGUGUGAAAGUGCCAUUAAGCACUUAUAUGUAAGUACUUACUUUUUUUUUAUAAUUGCCUCCUGCAAUCAUAUAUAACCGGGGGAGAUUGGGGGCUAUAACCCCCCAUUGAGCUCUAUACGCUUAAAACCAUUACGAAUAUUCAAAGGCGUUGCUGACAAAUCAAGCCAGUUCGAAGUUGUAACCCUGGUUACGCCGUUGCCUGAAAUUUUCGAAUUUGGCUCAUUACUUAAUAAAAAUUAUUUAUUUUAUCACCAACCGUCACUAAAGCCAUUCAUUAUUGUACUCAUUUGCCCUCAUUUGGGUCAGUAAAGUAACACUUUAUUGUACUGAAAGUAGAAUUUUACUUUACCUGCCGCGAUUAAUCGGAAUUGAAUGUAAGUGGUCGAUGUACCGCAGUAAUCGAUUGUUUAUUUGAGUUAACUUACAAUUUAUUUACUUUAAUUAUUAAAAAUAUUGUACAAAAUUUACGACAUUGUUAAUUAAAUUGAUGUCGAAAAGUGAAAUUCUGUGGUAUUUUGUAAUUACAUACAUAUAAUCAUAUAAAAUAAAUCAACACUUUACCAAUUUAGAAUUAUUCAAUAUUGAUAACUAUCAAUCAUGCAGAAGUCACCUGUAAUCACUGCCAUGAAAUUUUAUUACGUCUAAAAUUUUUAAAAAAUCUUAAAUUGUAAAUUGUAAGUAAGUAUUAAAACCAAUAUCAAAUUGCUGGCGAUCAAAUUUUGUAUGCACCACGUCAGUAAAGACUCUUUAUCGAACUCGUCUGUUAUUCGCCUCGCUCGCUAUAGGCUGGCUCUGCUCAUAAUAUCAGACUCGUUCGAUAAAGAGUCACUUUACUGACUUGGUACAUAAAUAACUAUUAUGUGUUAAUGUUUAGGCAGAAUGGUUUUGUGAAUACUUUUAUAUGAUACAGUAUAAUACACUACUACACUUAAGAGUUACCAGACACAUUAUUGGAUAUUAUCCAAAAAUAAAGGUUAUAACUGUCUACAAAAUAUCUAAAUAAAUCGUGAUCUUGUAAUAAAUUAUAAAAUUUGUAUAUGCCACUGAAUCAGGAACUAAUUUGACCUGUGUAUUAUUUUUCAGCUGUGCUGUAUUAAAAUAUGUAAAUAUGCCCAUGUUACUUACGUAAUAAAAAAUUGAGAAUAUAA